GAUGAACCAUCCCAGGGUUUUGUUAGCUGCCACAAAUGAAGAAGUUAUUGUAAAAUCUCAAGUUCACUGGCUAUCAUUGACACCAGAAAGGGACCAGAGUGACAAGGAUAUAACAGAGUGUCCAAAGUUGAACCAAAAUCUGCUGUUCCAUUUGUUUAUGUGUUGAUUGAGGUGGAGAGAGAGAGAGAGAGAGAGAGCAAAAGAAAGAGGCUACAUGAGCCAUUGUGUAGUUCCAAAAUGGAAUAUGAGCCACGAAAGACAAGAGCAAGUCGAAGAAGAGGAAGGAAAGAGAUCCUUUCACGUGCCUGCCCAGAAGAAUCCCCACAGUACCACUAACCCUCUUGUCCCCUUCUACAAGCAAAUGGCAAAGCAUGGAGUAACAGAACUAACCUGGCAAAAUGGGCAACUCGCUCUACAUGGGGUUGAUGGGAUGCACCCAACAGGCCUCCCAAAGCCCACAUGGAGCCGAGCCAAUGAAACUUUGGAGUCCGUAGUCAAUCAAGCCAAUCUCCAAACCCAAGGCCCAAACUUGAUCCAUCAAGGCGAGCCACUAGUCCAUACAGGCCGUACCCUCACACCCACUGGCGCCAAUGGCAAAUGGGUUGAGAGAGGCAACCAAGAACCGCCGGCGAGAAAAAAAACACGGUCGACCUCCGAUUAUGCUGGAAAAAAUGUCAGCACAAGCAACAACAACACUAUGCAAGUGGACCUUGGCGACCACAGUGUGUGUGGUAGUGCGAGUGCAGCGUUUUGUAGGGAUAAUGACACUACUUUGAUGACAUGGGCUUCCUUCGAUUCUCGAAGCAUGAAAACCAAAUCCAUCGAUGAAGAUUCUGCUUGCCAUGUUGAAUCGGAAAAUCAAGAGGAAGAACAAGAUGUAAAGCGUGGAGCAAGCCGCUCUCAUUCAGCUAGACGAAGUCGAGCAGCUGCUAUACAUAAUCAAUCCGAACGAAGGCGAAGAGAUAGGAUUAAUGAGAAGAUGAAAGCCCUGCAAAAGUUGGUUCCAAAUGCAAGCAAGACUGAUAAAGCUUCAAUGCUGGAUGAGGUGAUUGAAUACUUGAAGCAACUUCAAGCACAAGUUCAGUUUAUGAGUGUGAGGAGUAUGCAACAGAUGAUGAUGCCUAUAGGAAUGCAGCAACAACUUCAAAUGUCGCUGCUAGCACGAAUGGGCAUGGGGGUCGGUCUAGGCAUGGGAAUGGGGAUGCUCGACAUGAGCGGCAUGGCACGUCCAGCUCCGCAGUCGCUUCCUCCUCUCAUCCAUCCUAAUUCAGUUCCCGCUACGCCUCCCGCGUUCGUUCCGCCCCAUUUCUUGAUGCCCCCUGCAAUUCCAAGGCAGGAUCCAACACAACCAAAGCCUGCCUCCAAUGACUCUGUUGAUCCAUUUUGUGCGUUUCUAGCACAAACAAUGAAUAUGGAUAUCUACAACAAAAUGGCAGCUUUCUAUCGCCAACAAGUUAAUCAGACAACAAAUGCAACGAGCAGCCCAACACAGUCGAACAACGUGCAAGGAAAUUAAUGCUUUAUUGGAUAAGCACAGUAGCACUCAACAUUAUUUACUUCAUAAGUUCUAUGUUUAGUU